AUGACGGGUUCCGAAUCGGAGGCUGGAUAUGAAUCUGAAGCUAACUUCAGGCUCGUAUUCAACAUGGCGGAAACGGACGACGAAGUUGACAGCGCCACAUUUAAACAAGAAACAGUUGCAAAACUCCUGCAAAAUGCAUUUAAAGAUGAGAAGACAAGAAUAAACAGUGAUGCUUUAGAACUUGCCACAGAGUACUUGAGAAUAUUUGUUGCAGAAGCAGCACACAGAGCCGCUGCCCAAGCACAGGCUGCAUCGUUUGAUGUUGUUGGUAUUGAACACUUUGAGAAAAUAUUACCUCAGCUACUUUUGGAUUUCUGAUCAUGGGUAUAGACCACCUUCACGGAUUCAUAAACAUGGAUCAUACUGCUGGAAACCUGGAUUCAUUCUAUUAAAGACUAUAUUUUACAUAUUGAAGUGGAUUUCAAAAAUGGAUUGUAUUAAAUCUGAAUACAUAUUUGUCAUCAAGGUG